AUGGCAGUGAGAGAGAUAGGAAAUGAACUGAACACAGACACACUGAUCAGUAGAAGGGAUGACAUCUCACUGCAAGAUACAGCAACUACUGUCACAGCUGCAAGAGAAGUAGAAGAAGGUGUGACAAUGAGAGCAGUGCUUCUGCAGCUCAUUAACAUUACUACCUUCAAUCUGGCUUUCUUGACAGUCACGGAGGCUGCAGCUGCAUCAUGA